CCAUGGCCGGCCUGAGCUGCAGGGUCACAGUGGCACUGCUGGGGGCCCUGCUGCUGGGUGCCGCGCGUCUGCCGCGUGGGACAGAUGCUUCUGAGAUUGUCCUGCCACCAGGGAGCAGCAUUACAGUUCUCAUAAAGCAGGGGACCCCAGAUCUGCCUGCAAAACCCUGUUACAUUGUCGUGUCUAGAAGACAUUUGACUGUGCUGUUCAUCAAAGCUGGAGAGAAAGUGGUUGUUACCUUCACCUGCCAGAAUCCAGAGAAGCAUUUUGUCCUAGAGAUCCAGAAAAAUAUCGACUGCGUGUCCAGCUCAUGUCCCCUCGGGGAGAUCCAGCUUCAGCCUUCGAUAUCAGCGUUGCCCACCCUCAACAGAACCUUCACCUGGGACGUGAAAGGCUCCAAGAGCAUGGGCCUGGAACUGCAGUUCUCUGCACCUCGCCUGAGGCAGAUCGGGCCUGGUGAGAGCUGCGAGGAUGUCACUCACUCCAUCAGCGGCCACAUCAACGCCGCCCUGGUCAGGAUCGGGACCUUCUGCAGAAACGGCACCGUGUCCCGGAUCAAGAUGCAGGAGGGAGUGAAGGUGGCCCUGCACUUGCCGUGGUUCUACCACAGAAACAGCUCCGGCUUCAGCAUCGCAAACCACUCGUCUAUAAAACGCCUGUGCGUCAUCGAAUCCGAGUUUGAGGGUGAAGGCUCUGCAACACUGAUGUCUGCCAACUAUCCGGAAGGCUUCCCCGAGGACGAGCUGAUGACAUGGCAGUUUAUUGUCCCCGCACAUCUGCGAGCCAGUGUCUCCUUCCUCAGCUUCAAUGUCUCCAACUGUGAGAAGAAGGAGGAGCGGGUUGAGUACUACAUCCCGGGCUCCACCACCAACCCCGAGGUGUUCAAGCUGGAGGACAAGCAGCCCGGAAACAUGGCCGGCAACUUCAACCUGUCACUGCAGGGCUGUGACCAAGAUGCCCAAAGCCCAGGCAUUCUGCGGCUGCAGUUCCAAGUUUUAGUCCAACACCCCCAAAACGAGAGCAAUAAAACCUACGUGGUCGACCUGAGUCAGGAACGAACCAUGUCACUCACCAUCGAGCCACGGCCUGUGAAACAGAGCCGCAAGUUUGUUCCUGGCUGCUUCGUGUGUCUUGAGUCUCGGACCUGCAGUUCCAAUGUCACCCUGACAGCUGGCUCCAAACACAAGCUGUCCUUCCUUUGCGAUGACCUGACCCGCCUGUGGGUGAACGCAGAGAAAACCAUAAGCUGUGUGGACUAUCGGUACUGCCACAGAAAGACCUACCCACUGCAGGUGCCCAGUGACAUCCUCCAGCUGCCUGUGCAACUGCAUGACUUCUCCUGGAAGCUUCUGGUACCCAAGGACAGGCUUAGCUUGGUCCUGGUGCCAGCCCAGAAGCUGCAGCAACACACGCACGAGAGGGCCUGCAACACCAGCUUCAGCUACCUGGUGACCAGCAGCGCGCCCAGCCAUGAUCUGUACUUUGGCGCUUUCUGCCCCGGAGGCUCCGUAGAGCAGAUCCAGCUGAAGCAGAACAGUUCGGUGACGCUCCGCACCUUUGCCCCCAGCUUCCAGCAAGAAGCCUCCAGGCAGGGCCUGACCGUGUCCUUCAUACCGUAUUUCAAAGAGGAAGGCAUUUUCACGGUGACCCCAGACACAACAAGCAAGGUGUACCUGAGAACUCCUAACUGGGACCGGGGCCUGCCAGCCCUCUCCUCCGUGUCCUGGAACAUCAGUGUGCCCAGUGACCAGGUGGCCUGCCUGACCUUCUUUAAGGAGCGCACAGGCGUGGUCUGCCAGUCGGGGCGUGCGUUCAUGAUCAUCCAGGAGCAGCGGAGCCGAGCCGAGGCGAUCUUCAGUCUGGAGGAGGAGGUUCUUCCCCAGCCAAGCUUCCACCGUCACAACUUCUGGGUCAACAUCUCCAACUGCAGCCCCGCGAGUGGCAAGCAGCUGGACUUGCUUUUCUGGGUGACUCUUACCCCAAGGACCACAGACCUGCCUGUUGUCAUCAUCGCUGUGGUGGGAGGUGGAGCCCUGUUGCUGUUUGCCCUCGGACUCAUCAUUUACUUGGUGAAAAAGAAGAAAAAGAAGAUGAACAAGGGUCCUGCCGUUGGUAUCUACAAUGGCAACAUCAACACCCACAUGCCUGGGCAGCCAAAAAAGUUCCAGAAAGGACGAAAGGACAAUGAGUCCCAUGUGUAUGCAGUCAUUGAUGACACCAUGGUAUACGGCCAUCUGCUACAGGAUUCCAAUGGGUCCUUCCUCCGGCCAGAGGUAGACACCUACCGGCCCUUCCAGGGCCCCAUGGGGGACUUCCCUCCAUCCCCACCCCCCAUAUGCUCCAGAGCUCCCACUGCAAAGCUGACCACGGAGGAGCCACCUUCUUGCAUCCCUUCUGAGUCUGAGAGCGAACCCUACACCUUCUCCCACCCCAACAAAGGAGAUACAAGCAACAGAGACACAGACAUCCCCUUGCUAGAUACCCAAGAGCCAGUGGAACCAGCAGAAUAAUUUGGAUUUGUUCCAGAAACUUUGCUGAGGUGCACAAAGCAAGGCGCUGAGACACCCCGAGGUAUUUCUAACCAGAAAUCCUAAGGAAAUGGAGGAAGGGAGAGAUUUUCCUGGACACCACCAACCUCCUAUUUCCCAGUGCUCAUUCCGGUGAUGAGACACUGCAAAGGAUGGAUUCUGGUCUGGAUACAGUUGUCACAGU